AACAGAAUUCCCAAGGGUUUAUGGUGGGCUUUGUGGCCUCAACAGGAGCGCGUAUUCGUAUUGUAUGCAGCUCUUCUAUUCAUUCGAGCGAACAUCAAUGGCGGUUUUCGGCCAACUCGGGCAUCCAUUUUAGGGCUUGAGCCAAGCGCCAAUUUCAGAAAUACUGUCUCACCACAUUUCUUCAUCUAUUGCAUCAUUAUGUUGAAGCUCAUUUCCUCCUCAUGCGUCCGAAGCCGUGCCCAUCACCUUUCCCCGAGUUCGAUACCGGCUCUCCGGCCCGCAAUCGAUUCCACUCCGCCUCUGCUUAAUGUAUUGAGUUCUCUGAGGCGGCUAAGCUUCAGAAAUCCUAAUUUAGGAGGCAGGGUAUUUUUCUGUUCGGAUUCUAAUGAUGGGUCCGAUCAGGUAGUCGAGGCCCAGGUCAAGGCAGCCGAGUCCAGCGCCGACGAGGCUGACUCUAGGGCUGCUUCAGCUAUCGUUCCCACUAGUCCCAGACCGGAAGAUUAUCUCACGGUUUUGGCAUUACCGUUGCCACAUAGACCACUUUUUCCAGGAUUUUACAUGCCAAUCUAUGUUAAGGAUCCCAAAUUAUUGGCAGCUUUACAUGAAAGUCGAAAACGGCAAGCCCCUUAUGCAGGUGCUUUCCUCCUUAAGGAUGAGCAGGAGGCUGAUUCAAGCAUGGCAUCUGGCUCUGAAACGGAGAAGAGUGUGUAUGAUUUAAAAGGAAAAGAGCUGUUUAAUCGUCUUCAUGAAGUUGGUACCCUUGCCCAGAUUUCAAGCAUUGCCGGGGACCAGGUAAUCCUUAUUGGUCACAGGCGUCUACGGAUUACUGAGAUGGUUAGUGAGGAUCCACUUACCGUAAAAGUUGAUCAUCUCAAGGAUAAACCUUAUGACAAAGAUGACGACAUGAUAAAGGCUACAUCAUUUGAGGUUAUAUCAACCCUAAGGGAUGUUCUUAAAACGAGCUCCCUUUGGAGAGAUCAUGUUCAGACUUACACUAAGCAUAUAGGUGAUUUUACUUUACCAAGGCUUGCAGACUUUGGAGCUGCAAUAUCUGGGGCAAAUAAAUUGCAAUGCCAACAAGUGCUUGAAGAGCUAGAUGUUUAUAAACGAUUGAAACUUACUUUGGAGUUAGUAAAGAAAGAGAUGGAGAUCAGCAAGAUUCAGGAGUCAAUUGCGAAAGCAAUUGAAGAGAAGAUAAGUGGUGAGCAGCGUCGUUACUUGUUGAAUGAGCAACUGAAGGCUAUAAAAAAGGAACUGGGACUGGAAACAGAUGACAAAACUGCUCUUACUGGAAAAUUCAGGGAAAGGAUUGAACCAAAGCGAGAUAAAUGCCCACCCCAUGUCUUACAAGUUAUAGAUGAAGAGCUCACAAAACUACAGCUGUUGGAGGCUAGCUCAAGUGAAUUCAGUGUAACCCGUAACUACUUGGACUGGUUGACUGCACUGCCUUGGGGUGAAUACAGUGAUGAAAACUUUGAUGUGAUUGGGGCACAAAAGAUUCUUGACGACGACCAUUAUGGAUUAUCGGAUGUGAAGGAAAGGAUAUUGGAAUUCAUUGCUGUUGGAAAACUAAGAGGGACUUCACAAGGGAAAAUAAUCUGCCUUUCUGGGCCACCAGGAGUUGGUAAAACAAGUAUUGGUCGUUCAAUUGCACGUGCCUUGAAUCGUAAGUUCUUCCGGUUUUCUGUAGGAGGAUUAGCAGAUGUGGCUGAGAUCAAGGGCCAUCGUCGAACCUAUAUUGGUGCUAUGCCAGGGAAGAUGGUGCAGUGCCUUAAGAAUGUGGGAACAGCCAACCCUCUAGUUCUGAUUGAUGAGAUUGACAAAUUGGGCCGUGGGCAUGCUGGUGAUCCAGCUAGUGCACUGUUAGAGCUUCUGGAUCCAGAGCAGAAUGCUAAUUUUCUAGAUCACUAUCUUGAUGUUCCGAUUGAUCUAUCGAAGGUUCUCUUUGUUUGUACUGCAAAUGUUGUGGAAAUGAUACCCAAUCCUUUGUUGGAUAGAAUGGAGGUGGUUGCAAUUGCUGGGUAUAUUACCGAUGAGAAAAUGCACAUUGCAAGAGAUUAUUUGGAGAAGACUACGCGCGAAGCAUGUGGAAUAAAACCUGAACAAGUGGAAGUUACUGAUGCUGCUCUUCUUGCCUUGAUAGAGAAUUACUGCCGGGAAGCAGGGGUCAGGAAUCUCCAAAAGCACAUUGAGAAAAUAUACCGGAAGAUAGCACUUCAACUCGUGAGGCAGGGAGCAACAAUUGAACCUCCUCUAGCUGAUGCUCAGGAUAUUGAACCUAAAGAAGCCAAAGUAGAUUUUCAGGAUAGGUUAGGAGAGAAUUGUGGUCAAGAAAAAACGAGUGGAACCUCUAUAGAGGUUGACAAGGAGCAAACAGAACUACCAGCCGAUCACUCUGAAUGCCCCGCCAAUCAAGCUGCGGACCUAGAGGACAAAAAGGAAAGUGAGAAAGAUCGGGAAAGUGAAUCAACAAUGACAGUUCAAAAAGUCUUGGUUGAUAAAUCCAAUUUAGCAGAUUUUGUUGGCAAACCUGUCUUUCAUGCUGAACGCAUCUAUGACCAGACACCCAUUGGGGUUGUCAUGGGUCUUGCUUGGACUUCAAUGGGUGGUUCCACACUGUAUAUAGAGACUACUCGCGUUGAGGAAGGGGAGGGAAAAGGUGCACUGCAUCUCACUGGUCAGUUAGGAGAUGUCAUGAAAGAAAGUGCUCAGAUUGCUCACACGGUUGCCAGAGGCAUAAUAGCAGAGAGAGAGCCAGAGAACUCAUUCUUUGCGAAUGCAAAGCUUCAUCUCCAUGUUCCCGCUGGGUCCACACCCAAGGACGGACCCAGUGCUGGUUGCACCAUGAUUACUUCACUGCUUUCCCUUGCCAUGAAGAAGCCCGUGAGGAAGGAUCUAGCAAUGACUGGGGAGGUGACGCUUACCGGAAAGAUCCUCCCAAUUGGUGGGGUUAAGGAGAAAACUAUCGCGGCUAGAAGGAGUGAGGUCAAGACCAUCGUGUUCCCUUCAGCGAAUCGGAGAGACUAUGACGAGCUGGCGCCUAAUGUGAAAGAAGGCCUUGAUGUUCAUUUUGUUGAUGAUUACAUGCAGAUAUUUGACUUAGCUUUUGGCCACGAGCAGAGUUAGAAAGUGAAGGUACUCUUACGAAAAAUAUAAUAUCAUGUCGCACACCUUGAAGGCCUUUGAGAUAAAAUUCUUUGUUGUGCUGCGGAAUGCAGCCUGAUUUUUGGAGUCCCAUCACUUCUGUGUAUUUGGUUGAGUUUUCUUCUUUUCCGGAAACGUACGGUGCAUAAUUUUUUUAAAUAUAAAUUCAAUUGUAACAAGAAUGUAUGUAUUUGAGGAUGUAAUUCCUUUGAGGUGUUUACGGUUUAAGAGAAACGCUAUAAUAAUGCCACAACAUUCAUAUUGAUCCGUCUUCAUAAAUUA